AGAUUCAUUGCGCCGAUCUGGGUCAUCCUCGCUGAGAUGCUGCAGUAGUUGUACCAUUUGUGAGUAGUUAAUAUGAAGGGAUGUCGGACUAAUACCGCUCUCCAGUGACCUGCGAUCUCGCCUGUGUGGGUGCUCGGGAUCCUCCCCCGUCACUAGAAGAAGUGGCUGUUCCCGAGCAUCAAGCCUCUGUGUCUGAACCAUGUCCAAGGUUCAGGAGACCAUCGUACUGGAGGAAGAGGAGGAGGAAGACGCCUCCACCAGCUGCGGAACAGGGGAAGACGAUGAUGAUGGCGAAACCAAGAUCUGCCGAGCCUGUGGUGACCAAGCAACCGGAUAUCACUUUAAUGUCAUGACAUGCGAAGGCUGCAAAGGUUUCUUCAGACGCGCCAUGAAGCGACACCUUCAGCUCAGCUGCCCCUUCCAGAACGCCUGCGUCAUCAACAAGAGUAACCGGCGCCACUGCCAGGCCUGCCGGCUGAAGAAAUGCCUGGACAUAGGGAUGAAGAAGGAGCUCAUCAUGUCGGACGAGGCGGUGGAACAGCGACGCUCCCUGAUCAAGAAGAAACAGAGACUGUCCCAGAUCCCACCGCUGCCCCCCGUGUCCGGCCUGACGGGGGAGCAGGAGAAGGUGGUGCAGCAGGUCACGGAGGCGCAGAAGAAGACGUUUGACAGCAGCUUCACCUACUUCAGGAACUACCGGCCCGUCAGGCGUCACCCGCAUCCCGAAGACCAGCUCCACCAGCCCGCCGUCUUUUUAAUGUUACCGCACAUAUCCGACCUGACCACGUACGUCAUCAAGGGCAUUAUAAACUUUGCCAAAGUUAUCCCAUAUUUCAGGGAUUUGGGCAUCGAGGAUCAGAUCGCUCUGCUGAAAGGCUGCGCCCUGGAGCUCACAGUCAUCCGUUUCAACACAGUCUUUGACAACCGGACGCAGAGCUGGUUAUGCGGUCAGUACAACUACAACGUGGACGACCUGACCAUGGCCGGGUUCCGACAGCUCUUUCUAGAGCCGCUCGUUCGGUUCCACUGCAUGCUGAAGAAGCUGUGUCUGCACAUCGAGGAGUACGCGCUCAUGCAGGCCAUCUCCCUGUUCUCUGCAGACCGGCCGGGAGUCAGAGACCAUCGAAGAAUUGAUGAGAUCCAGGAGCAUCUGGCAUUAACCUUGAUGGCGUAUAUAGAGAGUCAGCGGCCGCCAUCCCUGGAGAACAGGUUCCGCUUUGCGAAGAUCAUGGAGUGUCUGACGGAGCUGCGUACUAUGAACGACGAGCACAGUAAACAGCUUCUGCGCAUUUGGGACAUUCAGCCGGAUUAUACGCCUCUGAUGCAUGAGGGCAUCCUAAUGCGCCUUCCACAGGACAAUCACCCCUGUCAUCCUCCUAUGCCUCUUCCAUGUAUACCGGUACUUGGCUCAGAAUUCCCGCCAUGUGCUGCUUUGUAACGUGGACUGUAGGUGCCAAGAAUCGGAUCAGUGGGACCCAAGGAGCGUCAUGAAUGAAGCAUCGGGCCGCCGCACCCUUCUCAGGAAUCCCUUAGGAGCUCAGGAGCGGAGCCCCUCUAUGGACCCCAGACCCGGAAUCCCUACUAUUGCUGUUAUUAUUAUGUAAUGUUAUUAACUAUAGUGAUACAAGAAGUAACUGGAAUGUAAUACUGGAUAUUGUGACGUGGUAUCGUGACCAGUGAUGACAUCUUCAAACAGCUGCACAGUGUAAAUAUGUCCUCUGUGUAAAAAAUAAAAAGUGUUUACACCUGUA